AUGGCUCAAUUAAAGACUCCAUUGGCCGCUUUGUUGUGUCUGGUGCUCACGGUCGCUUCUUUAUCGAGAAUUCUACAUGUUCAGCAAAUCAGAUCUCCCGAGCCAGCAGCGAGUCAGGCGUCGUUCCCUCGCCCCUUGAAAUUACUCGAAAACCCGACUAAUUCUUGCGUUCCCCAAGACUCUGUGUAUUUCCUCAAAGUCCCAAAGUGCGCGUCGACCACCAGCUUCCAGAUCUUUGUCACAUACGGCAUCAAGCACAGCCUGACCUUCGCCAUCCCGCCCAAACCAGGACUAGUGCCAAUCUCGCCCAGAAUCCUUCCUCCCGAGUACCAUGGCUCACCCGACGGCCGCUACAACAUGGCCGUUUGUCACACGCAGUUCAACAGGGAGGGGGCGAGGCAGGUGGUGAAAGAAUCGGCCAAAUAUGUUGCAAUUAUACGGGAACCAGCAUCGCGCUUUGAGUCCGUCUGGUAUUAUGCAAACUAUGAAAGGAAAUUCCACACAAACCUCACUAAUUUCAUUAAAGCGACGACGUAUUCAAAGAAACAGAAGAUCUUCCUGAACACGAUCGCCAGCUAUUUCGGUGUCAAGGAUCCGAAAGACAGGAUAACCGAGAGGGAAAUGAACGUCAAGGCGAGAGAACUCCAGCAAAGUUUCGACUUGGUGAUGAUUACCGAGAGGUUUGACGAGUCCCUAGUUUUCCUGAAGCAUCUCAUGUGCUGGGACACCGAAGACCUGGCGUACGUGAGAGCUAAAGUGCGACAGCAGGAACACCGGACCAUCCUGACGGAGGCGGAGAAGGACAAACUCCGACGGAUAAACAGACAGGACGUCUUUCUGUACAAGUUCUUCAGGAGAAUCUUCGAGGAGAAAGUGAAGGCCUUCGGUAAGGAGAGGAUGGAGAGGGAAGUCAAGGAGAUUGGCGAGGCGAGCGCGCGUUUUAUCGAAGACUGUGGGGCUGAGCUCAAUGGGUCUUUUAGGACUGUGAAAACCUGGAGAGUCAACAACGACUCAAGCAUCUGUAGAAUGAUUAGGCUGAAUGGGGUUGAUAUUGAGAAGCAGCUGAGAAACAGACAAAGGAUAUGGGUCUCGAGUAACUUGACUUACGACUUGUCAACGUGGAAAUUCACUUAAAAAACGGAAAUUUUUCUUGAUGUAAGUGGGGGGGUGGGGUAUAGGAGAGUAAACAGAGAGAAAAUAAUACGCUAAACAUGUACAUAUCAUAUAGUAUUUUUUUUUAUUUUUAUGCCGCGUACAUUUCCCGAAUCACAGCUAGCACCGUUUCUGGAACAUGUAACAUACACGCUUCUAGACAAGCCAGAAACAUGUUGGUAAAAACCUGCCGUACACGAACGAAUGUUUGCCACUGUUUCGAAGCCACGGAUACACGGAUUCGAACAUCCAAGCAGGAUUACGUUGAACAUGGAAGUCCAGAGCAACGUUUCAAAAGAUAUUUCGAAGCAUGUUUACGAAUCGAGUAUGAAACCUAAUGGCUUAAUACGCCAUUUCAAUUAAUCCUUUUAUUUUGUGCUUCCUUGCGUUCUGUAAAUAGAAAAAAAUGUUAUUUAGAUUUCUUGAUAUUUAAACAUAUCGUUUCACUAUUUUUUCCCAAUAUAUUUAUCGUUGAAAUAUCAUAACCAACAGUAACAUAAGUCUAAUAAUAUGACUGAUAAUUAUAUCAGUAAAGAUAUAAUCCAGAUAAUCAUAUAUUUUCAGUCUAAUUUUCAAAUAUGUGUUGCUUUCAUGAACAUUGCGGUUAAUUAUAUGAAUAGAUAAAUCACUGUUUAUACUCUGUAA